AUGGACUUACUUUCAAGUUCCCUAAUUAACUCUACUUCAAUUGCACUCCUUUCUGUAAUAAUCUUCUUGUUCUUGUUCCUUCACUAUCAUUUUCGUCCUUCCAAUUCCAAAGAGCCUCCAUUAGCUGCUGGUGCAUGGCCAAUACUCGGUCACCUAAUCCCACUAUUUGCUGCUAAUACACAAAAACCGCCACACAGAACCUUGGGUGCCUUAGCGGACCGGUAUGGACCCUUAUUCACCAUCAAGCUCGGCACCACGCGCGCCGUGGUACUUAGCAACUGGGAAAUAGCCAAAGAGUGCUUCACCACAAACGACAUCAUCGUUUCGGCUCGUCCCAAACUCGUCGCGACGCAACACAUGGGCUACAACGGAGCCAUGUUUGGCCUCUCCCCUUACGGUCCUUAUUGGCGCGAGCUACGUAAAAUCACAACUCUAGAGAUCUUUUCCAACCGCCGCGUCGAGCAACUCGGCUAUGCUCGUGUCUCUGAAGUUCAAACCUCAAUCAAAGAGCUGUACAAUGUUUGGUGUAGCGAAAAGAACAAGGAGUCUGAUUAUGUGUUGGUGGAGUUGAAGCAAUGGUUUUACGAGGUGACGUUCAACAUGGUUCUUCGGAUGACCGUUGGGAAGCGAUAUUUCAGUUCUGCUGGCGUGGUUAGGGAGCGUUGUGUGAGUGCUUUGAAGGAGUUUUUGCGCUUGAUGGGGGUGUUCACGGUGGGAGAUGCGGUUCCUUGGUUGAGAUGGUUUGAUUUUGGUGGACAUGUUAAGGAAAUGAAGGACAAUGCUAAGGAGUUGGACAAUGCUAUGAGUGAGUGCUUAGAGGAGCACAAGCAGCAUAGGGCCAUGUUGGGUGAAAAGGUUGGUCGUGAUGAUCAAGACUUCAUGGAUGUCAUGAUUUCACUGCUUGAUGGAACAACAAUUGAGGGGUUCGAUGCUGAUACUAUAAUCAAAGCCACAGUACUGGCAAUAUUUUUAGGAGGAGUUGAGACAACCACUGUGACCCUUAUAUGGGCAAUAUGUUUGAUACUGAGAAAUCCUCACGUAUUGAAAAAAGUAAAAGAAGAACUCAACACUCAAGUUGGUAAAGGCAAAUGCAUAAGUGAGUUAGAUAUAAGUAAGUUGGUGUAUCUUCAAGCCACAGUCAAAGAAGCACUGAGAUUGUAUCCAGCCACCCCUCUUUCAACACCUCGUGAGUUUUCAGAGAAUUGCAAUUUAGGCGGCUACCAAGUUAAAAAGGGAACUCGACUCAUAACAAAUAUUUGGAAGAUCAACACCGAUCCAAGUGUUUGGCCAGAUCCAUUGGAUUUCCAACCAGAAAGGUUCCUUACAACUCAUAAAAAUGUUGAUGUUAGGGGUCAUCAUUUUGAGUUAUUACCAUUUGGAUGUGGUAGGAGAAUUUGUCCUGGAAUAUCAUUUGGCCUGCAAAUGGUUCAAUUAACUCUGGCUAGUUUUUUGCAUUCCUUUGAAAUCACGAAUCCAAUAGGUGAGCUUGUUGACAUGACUGAAUCCUCUGGAAUGACCAAUGCCAAAGCUACUCCACUUGAGGUUCUUGUUAAACCACGUCUGUCUCCAAAUUGUUAUGAAAACAUGUAAUCUUUGUGUUAGCAGGGGGGUCCUUCGUGGUUUUAGAAUUAAAUAAAACUUGUCUUUCAUACUGCUAUGAAAUCAAGUUAUUAUAUGA